GUGUGAGUGAGUGUAGUAUCUUGCUUGAAAGCACUGACUGUCUGACGGACACCACACCCUCUUUACAACCCAUGUAUAGUCGUGACAGACAUCAAUCACAUCAAAUGCUGCAGUGCAUGAUUACAUGUCAGGUGCUGUCAUCACACACACACACACCAUCUCUCUAUGCACACGCACACACACACGCAUCUCAUCUCAUCUGAUCUUGUCAGUGAGUCAUCGGAGCCCCAUAUUGACAAACUUCCCCCCAUUCACUACACACAGCUGCCCCCACUCAAACCGCCCCGACUCGAGAUCGGCACGCCCACAAGCCGGACACUCAUACUCCCUCACCCAGUAGGCAGCGAACCCAUACCUCUCGGCCUCCUCCAUGCAGGCGCGAUACAACACAUCACACAGCGAAUACCGGCGGCCCGCCGUCGCCACCUUCACAUCCUCAUCCCCGCCCCCUCCCUUGUGGCAUGUGAAGCACCGCAGCCCCACUACACGGCCACGGCCCCCCUCCCUGAUCAUGCGAGCAGCCACGAGGCAGUAGCUGACACACACACACACACACACAGACAGAGAGACACACACCCAGAGAUUGACGGUGAAGGCAAUACAGCACACCGUGCGUGUGUGUCUGUGUGUCUUUUGGUUUCUCGCUCACCAUCUGACAGCCGCGUUAAUGCGCUGGUAGAGGAGGCUGGCAGCGAUGGGGAUGGAUGGGGGCGCGGGGGGGCUGAGUGCCUUGUGGAUGAUCUGCAGCAGAUCCAAGACAUAUAUGGCGGCCGGGCAUUCUUUGACCGUCGCUCAGCGCUUAAUUGACUCACAUACACACACACACACACACUUACCUGCAGGGCGUCCGGCGGCAGCGUUAUGUGCUCGCCCGGUCGGCUGGCUAUGGGUAUCUUCUGGCUGAUGCUGGCCAUGAUGGUACGAAUGAGGCGGAGGGCCAUGUUGACCGUGUUGAAGACGAUCUGCUGUGGGAGGGUGGUGGUCACGUACCGGCGGUAGGCCUGCAUGAUGUCCCGCUGCCAGCCGCUCCACUGGGUGCGAUCCUCUACAUGCACCUGCACACGCACAGCAAAGGACACACACGGCAACUCCUGCAGUGAGUGCCCUCUCGCAUCCCCAGCCAGCCAGCCAGCCAGCCAUACCUCUUCUAAUCGAGUCUCCAUUUCGAUGAAGAUUCUCUCUAGGGGCCCGUAGUAGUCCUGCAGCUCGACCCUGGCCGCCUCCGCCUCCCUCGCCGCCCUUUCCCUCUCCCUCUCCCGGGCCGCCUUCUCGCGACGCACCGCCGACACGCGGACACGGCUCUCAGGGGGCACUACACCAGCACGGUAGGGCGACGCUGGUCACAUACACAACACACACGCACACAAAAGGAUACACACGGGGAUGGGCGCGCUGCGGUGCGGUGGGGUGCGGUGCCCAGCUCACCUCCAUGUUCGAUUAGGGCGGGAAGUCUCUGUGUGUGACCUGAGAGCGCCGCCAGCUUGAGCGGCGUGUGGCCGUCGGAGUUCUUGGCGUUGACGUUGUCCUUGUCGCCCUCGCGGCACAUCCAUGCGAUCGUGGCCACAUCUGACGCGUAGUGCAGCGGCAAAUUGCCGUCGCCGUCACGCGCAGACAAAAUCUCAGGCCUGCACACACACGCACACAGCACAGCAAGAAACCUGACACAGUGACACACGCAGAACAUCGCAGAAGACGUCAUCGGUCGGUUCACUGGUACCCUGCAGCUCUUCGCAGCAUCCUCAGCAGCGCCAUCUGCAUCACGCCGUCCUCCAGUGGGUGCUCCGUGAAGCUGUGGAUGGCCUGCUUGCCCCUGUCGUCUACCACACCCACGAUCCUCCCCCUGUCGCUGCUGUCCGCGAACAUCUUGACGCGCCGCAGCUUCUCCAGACCACCGUGGGCAGACGCCGCCACCUCACACAGAUGGAAGCCAUCCAGCGACGGCUUGUGCACCAGCAGCACCGCGAUGAUAUCCCACCUGCCGGCCGUGAACGCCGCCCUCAGGGGGUGGUUGCGAUUGACGUCUGCGCCCCCUUCCAACAGGGCCCUUAUCACCCCGGGUGUGUGGCGGUUCCUCCUGUGGUGGCUGAUGGCCAGUUGCACGAGCGAUUGAUCACCAAGUACCAGCACUCGGCAGUCAGCCCCAUCCCGCUGGAUGAGCCUUUGGGCCUCUGCUGCGGUGAUGGUAGCCUUCUCGAUGCCUGUCGCGAGCGCCCUGGUGGAGGGGUGCGUGCCGGGAGGGAGCCGGAGGCUACGAUUGCACUGCAUGAGGCCUCUCACACCUGCACAACACUCCACAACGGAG